AUGCGGUCCGUCAUCAUGCUGUCGCUUUUGUCCGGCUGUGCUUGCACCUUCCUUGCUGCGCCCCCGCUGCCUCCUUCCACCUCGCACCUCCCGCCGAGGGCCCCGCUCUCAGGCCAUGGCCUACGGGCUGGACGUGAGUUGCCGCUUUGUGCCCACAUCCUCCCUUUAUUGCCCAUUAACAGGCGUGGUCGGCUCACUGGUCCGGGGCGAGGCCGUCUGUGUUCAGGCAAGCAGCAAACCAGCGACAUUUAUGCCGACCUGCUGCUUGCCCUUUUUCAGAGCUGCGUGGAGCCAAAUGCUGGCAUGGGCGAUUGCUUCUUUCUCGCCCUUGAGGCCAGCACGAAGUCUUCGCCUGAAGACGUCCGAGACAUGGUGUGUACAUGGCUACGCACGAGUGGCCUGAGGCAUCCUUCUUCUCGAAACGCUUCGUCGCUGCUGGCAGGCGGUGUAGUUGACGAGUGGGAUGUCGAUGCCGUGGUCCAGUCUCUGCCCCAUGCCUUCCCUCAUGGACUCUGCGUGCUGCAUGCCCCAGACAGGUGCUGUGUGUACUAUGAACCUCACAAGCUACCACGCCUGCUUCCUUGGACUUCUGACCAAUUGUUCGAUAUCCUGCAAUGGUGCACUGCGGCUUUGCUAUACACGGAAGAAGCAGGCCCUGACUCUGGCCCUGGUCACUUCGAAAAAGUAUGCCUUGACUGGCUGCCCAUGCGUGGUCGUCCUUGCAGCGUAUCUAUCGCCGGCAGUAGUGUCACUGGGGUCGUCCGACUGCGUGGCGGCAUGGACUCGCGUGACCGUCCUACGCAGCUGCAGCAACUUGCGGCCAUGGGCAUUCCAGUAGCGCUGGCUCGGACAGCCUUGCAACGUUUCCCAGACAAUUUGGACGCUGCAGCCGACUGGGCGACGUCCUCGGCAGCGCGACAUGUUCGACUUCGAACAGCGUGGCCUAGGGAGGCUCCCGCGUCCUCAUCUCCAGGUCUGCCGCCCAGAAGUCUCGAGCGCGAUGCGUUCGUGGUUGACGAGGACGCAGUCGAUACGGUCCCUCAUCAUAGCCUUGCCUUGCCUGCAACCAGGUCUGCGAGCUUGAGUUCCGAGUUGGACUCUGGUCCUGAGGAUCGUGCAGGUUUGCCCGACGCCGGAGCUAUCCCACUGGCCCAAAUUCCCCCUCCCAUGUCUCAGCCAGACUUCACCAAUGAUGCCAGCGCGGAAGUGUACCACUACUUCAAGAUGGUGGCCGCUGCGCCCCUUGAGGUCUCUUGCAGUAUGGAGUUCUGGUCGCGCAUUCCCUUGUACUCACAGUACAUCUGUGCACGAUCCUUGAAGGAUGUUGUCUCGGAGACACUGGAAUCUGUGGAAGCUUCGCGUUGUCUAGACCUGAGUGUAGAAGCUGCAGGUGAGUUGGAUCGCCAUCUAGGUUUGACUUCUCUUCUGCCUCUUGCUGUCAUGGCCGCGUACCUGCAUCAUGGAGCUGGAAUGCCAGACGUGUUUGUGUACGAUCUCUUUAUGGCCUGUUUGGCUUCGUGCCAAAAUCGGCAGGUGUCCAUUGCUCUCUAUGCGGACAAGAGCCACCGGUUCAAAACCAAGGCCAGAUGGUGGGCCUGCCCCACAGGUGACCCGAACGCAGGCAAAAGCCCCACCUGCAGCUUGGUCUUGGAGUGCUUCGAAAGGUGCGUCCACAACCAUCGUGACGUCUUCUACGACGACGACCAUUGGACUGGGGUUGGCAACAAUGGCCGCAUCCAGGAAAGGUUGAGGAAACUGAGCGGGGUGCUAUUGCUAAUUGGUCCAGAGGCGAAGCCGAUCCUCGACCCCAAGUUCCCAUCAGCCGGAACUACAGAUGUGGGCAAAUUCCUUGAUGUGACAAGAUGGCUGGAGUCAGCUAACGGGGGUAAGUUUGAAUGGGGAACUGGCGCCGAGGAGAAGCAGGUGCGAAGCCGCGCGCAGAAGGUAGAGCAUGCAAACUCGUCAAGGCCCGUUCCUGCAGCGGGAAGCAUGGCGCCGCCAGACCCCGUAGAGCCCACAAGUUUACGGGCGCAGUUCGACGAGCUCCUACAAUCGUUCGGUGAGCUGCCUGCAAGUACAGUGGACCAGGUCCGAGCCUUCAGGGAGCAGCUGCCCUCGCAGCCUCCUGGUACGCAGCUCCAGCCACUCGUGUUCAAUACCACAAAUGUGAAUUUGUGCUUGUACCAGCAGUAUAACUUGCUGAAAAAGUGGUGGGCUCCAACGGAGGCCAACCAUGAGUGUGGCUUCAGUGCCCGUAUCAUCAUGACCCCCACUCAGCGUGCAAUCGUAGACAAGAGCACGGACUUGCUGGAUUCGCGGCCUGCAGAAGCACUGAUGCAGCACUGUUGGUUCCGGGCUGCUCAGAGGUGGGGCCCACAAGUGCAACGCCGAGACUGGCUGUGGACAACAUCAACCGAAGCCCAGAGAGCGGUUCGCGAGCUGUACUACGGCUUGCACGAGAUUUCCCAGCGUGAAGGUUGGAGGUCUGCUACCAAGUCCUCUCUCGGCAAGAUGGAGUACCAUGUUCCUGCCAAUGCACUCCUUGUGGCUCUUUGCGAAAACGUUUUUUCGGAUAGCGAGGGCCAGUCUGUCUCUGAUCAUGCAUUGAAGUGCGGCAUGUACCAUUUCGCUCGACGUGUUGUGCUGAGCUGCGUCGUUGUUGACACAGAAGCCAGUCAAUGCCGGGGUUCCCGGGAUGUCGGUGGGUCAAAGGGUUCAGAACAAAAGUCGGAUGCAGUGCGCAUCUUGCUUGCAUGCACCAAAGACCCCAUUACCAUGACCGACAUCAGCCAGAAGGUAGCCUCGUUGCGUGGCCAAGAACAAUACCAGGCCAGGCUGUCGGCUUUGACGCGAUUGCAAACAUUGGGCUGCGGGCAGCUUCGGGAAACCCGACGACGCCCGGGGCAAAGUUGCAUGGAUGUAGCUUUUUACAGAAAUCCGCUGAGUCCACAAAUUGCUACCUUGUUGAGCGUUUUGGGCGUCCCCAGCACUGCGUGGCCAAGCUCAAGCCACGCGCCAGCGCUGCCGAGCUUGCCACCCAUGAGCGGAGCUGGCAGAGGCAUGAAGCGACCUGCCGCAAAAGCUGUCGCCGGCAGACCGGCGCCCAAAGCAAAGGCGAGUGCCAAAAGACCAGCGGGCCAGCUGUCGCGGACGACGGGUGCUACGACAAAGUGGUACCGUAACAUGACAGACAGCCACGUCAAGGAGCUCACUUGCUCCCGUGCCCGCUGCCCCACCGCAGGAAACAUCACAGCUGUUCUGCAGGCUGCUGUGGAGGGUCAUCAAGGCACCCCGGACACCCCACUCCCUGCCAAAAUUGCAGCUUACCCUAUGUUUCGUGAAGGGAGCUUUAAGCUGCGAUGCCAAGACUGUAAGCCCAAGACAUGUGCCUGGACGGGCUUUGCUGUCUACAUAGAAGCUAGCCGGGAAGUCGAGGUGUGGGUUUCAGCAUCUUCAGAGCACGGAGAGCCCAGAGAAGCGCAAAGCAAGCGUGGCCGCAAGCGCAAGCACGAGGUGCGCUUCAGCGAGUUCCUUGGUGGUUGGAAACAUGGCGGAGCAGCGUGGUCAGGCAAGAACUUGCAGCAGCAAGUCAAACAGUUCUUCUUGACCAAGCCUCCGCGGGAGGCCAUGCGGGUCCAAACCCGAUUGUGUAGACUCAAGAACAAGAUGUAUCUUCGCUGUACUUUCCAAUGCAAUAGCCAUGAGACGACCAGUGGCGUGCAGUGUCCAUGGCAGGGCGAAGCAGAGUACGACAUUGAGGGCCGCAAAAUUAGGAUCACGGGGGAUCACCCUGAGAAGCAUGCGGCCAAUGUACGCAAAACGGCAAGCGGCAUCAGCACAGCUCAAUUGCGGCUUCUGCAGUCGCAGCCGGGAGGUUUAUGUGGCGGUGAUGCCUAUGACAUCUUGUGCAACCCAAGGGCGGCAGGUCCUGGAAGCCCGCUGCCUAGUCCGCCCAAGAAAUCAUUUCUGGUGGGUUGGGCCAAGCGCCGCAACGCAAAGCUGAAGACGAAGAAGAAGCCACGAGCUGAGCUGUGGGAGGAGAAAGAUUUCCACGCUUUCGUAGCCCGUCUCAAGGCUGCGACUGACAGGCCCGACUUUGAUAACCGGACUUUUGACGGUCUCUUGCCCGUGGACUUUGUUAUCGAUGGGGUGAACACCUGCAUUCCCUUGCUGUGCCCAACGCUCAUCAAAGAGACGUUUGCUAGGCUGAGCAACCCAGAGUACGUAAAACUCUGCCUUGACGGCACGUAUCGACUCCUGUUCGGGAACUAUGCGGUGCUUACCGUGGGCGUGCUUUCCAAACAUUGGUCUCAAUGGAGCAAGGAAAGUCCCCACAAACCGUGUGCGUCGACGUUCAAUGAGGUCGGGUUUGCCAUAGCCCACAAGGAGAGCGAACAGUCGUACUCCAGUGUUGUGUCUGCCAUUUACAAAGUCGCCGAGGAAGUUGGUGCGCCAGCCACUCUUGAUGCCGUUCGUCAAUGGCAUGCAGAUAUGCACCUCGGCAUUCGGAAAGCACGGGAGAGAAUGGCCGCCGGAGCUGUCGCUGUCGACGACUGGGCGCACGUGGUUGGUACGACCGCUCCCCAUGGCAUGGGCGGCAUCCGAAAGCUGCUUGCUGAGCGCCUACAAGGUGUCGACGUCGCGGAAAAAAGUCGUCGCUUGAAGUUCAUCAUGUCCUGGGUCUAUGCUAGCCGAACAUUGCCCGCGCGGUUGUUCCAUGUGGUGUGGCAGUCAUUAUUGAAGGUCAUGCACAAUGAGUGGGGGUGCCAUGAGGCAGCAGCGGCGACAGCCGACCACUAUCUAUGUGAGGAGGGGGAUGAACGUGGGCGUUUCUUCACAGCGCGCUGGCGGGCGUGCUAUGAUCGGCUGCAACCUGGCAGCGCAUGCGGCAGCGCGCCGCAGGAAAGCUGGCACAAGCACGUUCUGAAGCGUGUCACGGAUGGCCACAGCAUCCGUACGCCGGAUGCACUGGCAGAGGAUCUGCAGACGAUCGUACGCUCCAGACUGCAAUUCUUGCGGACGGAGAACCCGGUCUUGCAUGACUGGCCCGGCUCGGACGCAAGUGUAGACCUGACGUGUCUGUCCGACGAUGCAGCUCUAGGGGUGAAGGGGCGCACGUGUGCACAGACGCUGCUAGCGCAGUCUCCUUGGCAAACUUGGCUAGACUCAGAAGGAACUUCGUGGUUCUUCUUUCCGCGAUCUUUGCUGAAGAAAGACGACGCAGCCAGCGCUCCCAAAGUGCCCAAGUAUGUCCACCGUGCUGUCGAGCCUUUGCCCCCGGACACUGUUCGUCUUAUGGCUGAAGCUUUCAGCGCCAGAGAUGAGGCUCAUUUGCGGUCAGCUCUUCAGUCGCUAGGCGUCACAAAAACAGAACGUGGAGCGGCUGAGAUCUGCGAUUGGCCUCGCGCAAAAGAAAUCUUCGGGCGCUGGACACUGGUUGCAGUCGGGCCCCAUGCCGAACGGUACUGGAAGAGCGUGCCAGGUGAGAGGGCCACGAACGCAGGCAACAUCCACAGCAGGGGUCUGUGUUCGUGUCACGAAGCUGCUCUCCACGGGCCCUGCGAGCAUUUGUAUGCAGCAUUACUGCACUUGCAGCAACCGCAGCUCAGCAGCAAGGUCUGCAUGGCACCGCGCAAGAAAGCAGGCCGACCGCCAGGCGCCGCCCUUCUGCGUAGUGACAAGCCACAGGGUCGCACGCUCCCCGGCCCUUGCGUUGUGGCGCCUGCUGCGACAGCUUCGCCUAGCCACAGCGCCAUACCGGAGGACGUGCUGAGCGUCCUGUCUGUUGUCUGCCCCGAGGCCGUGCUGCCGGUCCGGGCAGGACGCCUGCAGGCCCUUGGCAUCCUGAGCCUAGAGGACCUGAAGCUGCUGAGCGAGCGCCACCUGCGCCAAGAUGCCGGGUUUUCCUUGCCCGAGGCUCUCAAAUUGCUACAGCUGCUCCAUCCGAAUCAGCCUUCGUCGACAACGGCAAAAGCCAAAACGUCUGCAGUCGGUGCCCUGCGUCCUGUGGCGGCGAAGGCCGCUGCAAAAAGGUCCGUCCCAACCACUCCAUCCCUGACCUCGCAGGUCAUGACCAACGUCAUGGCCGGCACAGACCCAGCUGCCUGGUCACUGACCCACCGCCAAGCCCCCGCAGCUCAAGAGGUUGUGCGUCAGGCACCAGUCCGGACAGCAGAGGACCAGGCCUUACUCGCAUCCCUGUCGCACGACAUUCUCUGGGAGAUGGCCUGGGACAGCCGGGGAGCUGCAUCUUCCGCGAGACCGAAGGGUCCGGGAAACUUCCCCACACUGCGGUCAUUAGCAAACCAUUUUGGUGUGAAAGCAGAUGCCCGAGUGACGACCAUCGCAGCCCUGUUGGAUCUGGCUCGUCAACACUCGCCCCUUGGGCAGCAAGUCGGCCGAAGCAAGCUACCGCAAGCCCAUGUUCCUGCCAGCCCUGCACGGUCUGACCUGACCGAGCACGUUGGUCGAUUUGGCUUUGUUAGAGAAUCUGAGAAUCCCAGGUUCCUCUUGAACCAGCCUCGAACGUUAAUUAGCUUUUCAGUCCUGUCGCGGCCAACGAUGGCCGCCCUGACGCUCCAAGAGGACGACGGGCCGAACCAGGCUUUUCGGGCGGCCGUGGCCAAUCCUGAGCAGAUCAAUGUCAUCGACUGGAAGCCCUACGGGCCUAGCUACGGUGCCCUUGCGAGCUUCCUGUCCACUGGCAUCAUGCAGGAUGGUUCCCUACUGGGUGUGUUCUGCACCCAGAUGCCGCCUGAGUCGAAGCCCAUCGAAGUCUCGGAGAUGGAGCCGGUUCUGGCAACGGUCGCAGACACGGUCGCGACUGCUGUCAGCUACUACAAAACAGGUGUCGGCACUUGCAAUCCGAUUCUCAGCCCGACAUCGUGGGAGAUCGCGCUGGAGCAGCUCAGCCGUCUGGAGUACAAGUUUCAGAAGGUCGAGACCGAGUACGCGCUGCUGUCAAACGGCUACUCGCAGAGCUGGCUGAACAUCUCGGUGCAGGGUUUGGAGGAGCAGAAGCAGUUCACCGAGACCGAGUCGUCAAAACUCGAGCUGGUUGCUGCGAUGUGGGCCUUCAAGCAAGCAUGGGACAAGUACCGGGACACCAAUGCCGAGAGGCUCCUGAGUCUGCAGAUUGCUUACAUCCUCCUCAACCCCUUCCCACUGGGGCAAAAGGACCAGCUCGAUGCUGCGGAGGGAUCCGAGGAAUACCACCAGGUACAUCGGCAGUACCACCCGGUAUACCGCGCCAUUCUCUACGAGCGCAACUUCUACGACAUCUUCUUCUUGGACCUUGGUGGGAACUGCAUCUACUCCGUCUACAAGGAGCUGGACUAUGCCACCAACUUCCGUGCGGAUGGCCCGGGCGAGUGGAAGGACUCCGGACUUGGUGAGGCGUUCCGCGCGGCCGUGAGGAACCCGGACGGCAUCAACGUGAUCGACUGGAAGCCCUAUGGUCCGAGCUAUGGCGCGCUGGCCAGCUUCCUCUCCACUGGCAUCCGGCGGUUCGGCGAGCUCAUCGGGGUCUUUUGCACACAGCUGCCCCCGGAGUUCACCCCGCGUAACUCCACUGCAAAGCUCCACGACACGCUGAUGGAGAUGAACGACCUCUUCAUCAAGUUCAAGUACGGCGCCCCGUCAGAGCAGAUUCAGCCGCCCAGCACGCAGCAGAUAUCCUGGAAGCUCUUCAACGCCAGCGACCGAUGGAACUUGUUGAGCCCGCAACUGGCUGCUGACAACCCCAAUCAGCAGACUUUGGCCAUCUUCCUGGAUAGCUCCGCUGGCUUCAUGGAGGAGUCGAAGGAGCUCAAUGAGGCCGUGCUUGACAUCUCGUAUAGGCAGCAGCCAUCCAUCUAUGGUGCGAAAAUCCAGCUUGCCAGUCAGCAGCUGAGCUUGCUGCAGCACAUGCAGCGGGAUUGUGUCCUCAUCGCACUCGGGGGCUAUGACGCCCUCCGCGGCAAAAUGGCCGACCUCAUGGUGGCCUUCGAAUCUAACUUCGGCAUCCUGGAAGACGGGAACGUGCACGCACGGCGCUUGUUAGACAGGGGCCGGAGCCUCGCCGUGACCAGCAUUCCAGCGACUGACAGCUUUGAAGGCGACGCUGCGUUGCGAGCCGCGCGGGAAAGCUGGACCUCUGCGAAGCCGGUGGUGCAAGCCUUCAUCAACUCUGCCAGUUCCACUGCGGCGGAUCUGAAGACGGUCGUCGAGACGAUGGAUGGGGUCCUGGAAAGCACCAUGGCCGCCGCCAACUACUUCUCGACGACGACCCGCACCACCACGAUGCUCACCCUCGAGAUCCUGGCACCCAUGCCCCUAACAGGGGCGUGGGCCGGUGGCCAGACGUUUCGGCUGGCGGCAAGGCUCGCCGAGGGCAUCAUCAACGAGGACCAGGUGAUCCUGCCGGGCUAUCGGCUCAGCCACGCGAUCUUCGAUGAUUCUUGCGACCCCAGCGUCGGCUCCGACGUGGUGGUGUCGGCUGUUUCGGCGAAGGACACGUACGUGGCUAUUGCGGGCAUGGGCUGUGAUACCGUGUGCCGCCAAGUCUCCUCCUUGGCCGUCUCCAUGAAGCUACCCUUCUUGAGCUACGAGUGCGCGAGCGCGGACUUCACAGACACGGGGGCAUACCCGGCCCUCGCGCGGAUGGGCACGGUGACGACACCUGUGCUCAAGGUUGUCGAGGAGCUCAAGAAGCAGUAUGCCUGGAGCAAUGUCUUUGUCGUCUCUGGUGACCCAGCGAAGUACGAGCUGGAAGCCGAAGGUGUUUUGACGGAGCUGCGCGCCAUGGGUCUGAGUGGCCAAUACUUGAGUGCUGAUGAAGCCGAUUUCAAUGAGAUUAAGACGGUCAUGGGCACCAUCAAGGCGCAGACGAAGGGGCAGGAUCGUGUCAUCUUCUUCUUGGGCGAGGAGACCUACUACCGAAAGCUGAUCUGCGCGUCUAUCUUGCAACAGCUUGCGACAGGGAUCGUGUGGCUGUCGAAGGGAACUUGGCGACACGAAUGGUGGAAGAAGUCCGACCUCUUAACCUCGGCCCACAGGCAGUGGCUUCGAGAAGAUGUUUCCGGAAAGCAGCUCAGAGAUGCCUUCCAGGCCUUCAAAAGCGCCUGGGACGCGUUCUCCUCCAACGUGGAGACAACUCGUCAGCAGCUCAUCAACUUGUAUGUGACCGACCUAAAGGACACCCUCGACUUCGCCGAGGGUCCGGCAAGGUACCAUGCAGUGCACCAGGAUUGGCAUCCAGCCUACCGCACCACCUUGUACGACCGAGGUUACUACGACAUCUUCAUGUUCGACCUCAACGGUGACCUCAUCUAUUCGGUCUUCAAGGAGACGGACUACGCAACCAACUUCAUGCUUGAUGGCAACGGCCCAUGGAAGGAUUCGGGACUGGGCGAGGCGUUCCGGCUCGCUCUGGCAGCGCCCGACAACAUCAGCUACGUCGACUGGAAGCCGUACGGUCCCAGUGCGGACGCCCCGGCGGCCUUCUUCGCGACGGGCCUGCGCGACGAGGACGGCGUCCUCAUCGGGAUCUACUCGAUUCAGCUCCCUCCCGAGUACGAGCGCUCGAUCGAUGAGAUUCACCCAGCGUGUUCCUUCGAGGCCCUCACACAGGCCUUCGAGGGCUCCAUCAAUGUUGGCGCGCUGGGCGAGCCGACAGCGGAGACUGCGGAGAAGCCGCUUCCGUGCUUCAAAGGCUACAGCCCUGUGAGCUUCAUGUCGCUGAUCCACCGGCACUUCGAGCUCGGAUACCCAGCCGGGGACCUUUCGACUCAGGUGCCGCAUCCUUACUAUGAGAUCGCGGCCCAAGCCGUGGAUGGGGCGUGCGCCAUAGCCUUUGCCAUCCAGAACUUGCUACAGCAAGGCUACACGGUCCAACAGGUACAGGAGCCCAGCCAAGAAGUCUAUGAGAGACUGAGCAACUUCAUGCGGACGGAGCUGGAUUUCCAGGGCGUCUCCGGGCGCGUGAAGUUCCAGGGCAACAACAAGGAUGGCCUGCUGGCGGUUCGACAGGUGCAGGGUGGGUCCUAUGUGCGGGUUGGAAUGGUCGACCCCAACAGAACCAUCACCUGGUCGGCGAACGCGACGACGGCCAUGUACUGGCAGGUGGAACCGGCUGAUACCGUCGAGCUUGCGUGGGUCCUGCCCCUCGCCGGGACCUUGGCGAUCUGCAUUCCGUGCCUUAUUGGCUGCUGGGCCGGCUACCGGCUUCGCGCCAGCUGGCGCCAGCAGCAGCAGCAGCAACUGCAGAACCAGAAGUGA